AUGCCAUAUUCGUGUUUAUUAGAGAUUCAACAAUUCUUUCUUGUCAUAUAUGAAAUUCUGAUAUUGGAUCAUGACCAACGCAAUUCUAUGGUUCACUCAAGUGAACAUUUUCCAGUCAGACAGUCAAACCAUGAUCAGUGGAUCACCACUCAUUCAGUUGUUUGUCUUUUAUUGAACUUAUCGCUUGUGGAGCUCAUCACUUUUGGAAAGGCAAUUGUUUCACAUACCUUCAGCUGCACUAACAAAUGUGGGAUACGCAAAAAUGGGCAGAUUUUGGCUGAGGAACCAUGGGCUCUCGUUUGA